ACCCCAUUAUAGUUAUUUUUUUCAAUCUUGACUCUGAGUUUCUAUUUGUGUCUGCUGCUGAAUUAUAAAGAAAACCAUGCCAGAGUGUAAGAAUGAAGUUUAUAUCCCAUUCAUAGACGAUUGUCAACAGGAUCCAGAAUGGCUAACCAAGGAUUUUCUUCAGGAAAAACUGAGAAUCUAUUUCAAGGAUGCAAGUCUAAAGGUUCUAUCAAUGAGACUGACUCCAGCGAUUCCAAAAGGUGAAAAUUAUGCCAGUGUCAUGACUCGAGUUUCGGUUGAAUAUAUUAUGGGAAGUGAUCGUAAGCCAAGAACUGGAUCGUAUAUCGUCAAAAGUUCCUUUGAAGCAGAUGACUUUUCUGCUGAAUUGAUGAAACCUUACGACAUUUACAACAGAGAAAUGGAAAUUUACCAAAAUAUCAUCCCUAAGCUGAACGAUUUGCUAAAAGAAAUCGGUGAUAUGGAUAAGAUGUUUCCAGAAACUAUUGCCGUGGAGUUCAGCCGUUCCACAAUUAUCUUUGAAGAUCUCUCAGAACUUCAGUAUGCUAUGUGUGAUAGAACCAAGGGCUUGGAUAUUGAGCAUGUCAAACUCUGUCUAACAAAACUAGCCAAGAUGCAUGCUACUUCUGCGGUCUUGAAUGAACGUGAACCAGGAAUUUUUAAACAUUACGAUCGUGGCAUGUUGAAUAGACACACAAACAAUUAUAGUCCGUACUUUGUGGGGCUUUUAGAAGCUUGUGGGAAGUUGGUAAGUCAGUGGGAUGAUUUCAAGGAAUAUGGUGAAAAAAUUCUGGCCCUCAAACCUAAGCUGAUGGAAUAUGGGAAUCAAGUCUUCGACCCAAUUGAUGGUCAUGUGAAUGUUUUAGCGCAUGGAGAUUUCUGGGUUAACAAUGCCAUGUUCAAUGAAGGACCAAAUGAGCAUCCAAAUGAUGUGAUUCUGAUUGAUUUCCAGUACAGUUGUUGGGGUUCACCUGCUAUUGAUUUGCAUUACUUCUUCAACACAUCACUGAGAGAGGAAAUCCGAUUGCAUCAACAGGACGAACUCUUCCAAUACUACUAUAACAUUUUUGCAGGAACAUUGAAGGCUCUGCGGUUCAAGGCAAAGAUUCCCAGCUUGCAUCAAUUCCUCUUGCAUAUGGCAGAGAAGAGUUUUUAUGCUUUCGUAUCAGGAUGUUUGGUUCAAGCAGUGCAAAUAAACGAUCAAACGGACGAUGCUGAUUUUCAAGCUUUGAUGGGCGAAGAUGAGCGGGCGCUGAAUUUUAAAAGAACUGUUUUCCAAAACGAAAAAGUACAAAAGAAUCUUAAAAGGCUUUUACCGAUGUUUGAUCGUAAGGGUCUAUUGGAUGACAGAGAUUGAAGAUGUUAAAAUUAAGGAACAAAAGUAUUAUUAUAGAUCAAGAGAUCUCUUUAACAUGUGAGCUUAUUGCAGCGUUAAAAAUAUAGAUAUAAGGGUUUUUUUUAGAAGUAAUUUUUUAACAAUAUUUAA